AUGGUUGAAAAGUCUUUUGCCCUUGAUGCUGUCAUCAAGGAAGCUGUUGAUCUGGAAAAUGUGCCCAUUGAAGAAGUUUUUGAAAACCUGAAAUGUACAAGGAAUGGUUUGAGCUCAGAUGAAGUUAAAGAGCGAUUGGAAUUAUUUGGAUACAAUAAACUUGAAGAGAAAAAGGAAAGUAAAAUAUUAAAGUUCUUGAGCUUUAUGUGGAAUCCUCUAUCAUGGGUAAUGGAAGCUGCAGCUAUCAUGGCUAUUGCUCUUGCACAUGGAGGAUUUAAUCUUAGAGAUGAAUCCUUUAUUUUGCAGGGAAAAGAUCCGGAUUAUCAUGAUUUCGUUGGCAUAUUGGUCUUACUUUUGAUAAAUUCUACCAUCAGUUUUAUAGAGGAAAACAAUGCAGGCAAUGCAGCAGCUGCUCUUAUGGCCAGAUUGGCCCCAAAAGCCAAGGUCCUACGUGAUGGAAGAUGGAGUGAGGAAGAUGCAGCAGAGUUGGUUCCAGGAGACAUUGUCAGUAUUAAACUUGGAGACAUUGUUCCAGCUGAUGCUCGUCUUCUUGAAGGAGAUCCUUUGAAAAUUGAUCAGUCAGCUCUUACGGGAGAGUCCCUUCCGGUAACCAAGAAUCCUGGUGAUGGGGUCUACUCAGGUUCAACCUGCAAACAAGGUGAAAUAGAGGCUGUUAUUAUUGCAACCGGAGUUCACACUUUCUUCGGGAAGGCAGCUCAUCUUGUUGAAAGCACUAAUCAUGUUGGGCAUUUUCAGAAGGUUCUAACAGCAAUCGGAAACUUCUGUAUCUGCUCAAUUGCUAUUGGAAUAGUUAUUGAAAUAAUUGUUAUAUAUGGACUUCAAGAGAGGGGAUAUCGUGUUGGUAUAGAUAAUCUACUUGUCUUGCUAAUUGGUGGGAUUCCCAUAGCAAUGCCAACUGUUCUUUCUGUUACCAUGGCCAUUGGUUCACAUCGCUUGUCUCAGCAGGGUGCAAUAACCAAAAGAAUGACAGCCAUUGAGGAAAUGGCUGGAAUGGAUGUUCUGUGCAGUGAUAAAACAGGCACAUUGACAUUAAACAAGCUUACAGUGGACAAAAAUUUGAUUGAGGUUUUUGCCAAAGGUGUUGACAAGGACAUGGUAGUACUUAUGGCUGCAAGAGCGUCGAGGUUAGAGAACCAAGAUGCUAUUGACGCUGCAAUUGUUUCAAUGUUGCCAGACCCUAAGGAGGCAAGAACUGGAAUUAAAGAAGUUCACUUCCUCCCAUUCAAUCCAACUGAUAAAAGGACUGCACUUACAUAUAUAGAUGGUGUUGGCAAAAUGCGCAGAGUUAGCAAAGGUGCACCAGAGCAGAUUCUCCAUCUGGCCCAUAACAAAUCAGAAAUUGAAAGGAAGGUACAUGGAAUGAUUGACAAGUUUGCUGAACGUGGACUUAGAUCCCUUGCAGUUGCUCGCCAGGAAGUGCCUGCUGGAACCAAAGACAGUCCCGGUGGCCCCUGGGAAUUUGUCGGCCUUCUCCCUCUUUUUGACCCUCCACGCCACGACAGCGCUGAAACGAUUAGAAGGGCUCUAGAUCUUGGUGUCAGUGUUAAAAUGAUCACAGGCGAUCAACUUGCAAUUGCUAAGGAAACAGGAAGAAGGCUUGGAAUGGGCACAAACAUGUACCCCUCAUCAUCUCUGCUUGGUGAGAGCAAGGAAGAGGGACAUCCAGGGCUUCCCAUUGAUGAACUCAUUGAAAAAGCUGAUGGUUUUGCUGGUGUCUUUCCUGAACACAAGUACGAGAUUGUAAAUAGAUUACAAGCCAGAAAGCACAUCUGUGGAAUGACCGGUGAUGGAGUAAACGAUGCUCCAGCUUUAAAGAAAGCUGACAUAGGAAUCGCUGUGGCAGAUUCCACAGAUGCCGCCCGUAGUGCUUCUGAUAUAGUUCUAACAGAACCCGGGUUGAGUGUAAUCGUAAGUGCUGUCUUAACAAGUCGUGCCAUCUUCCAAAGAAUGAAAAACUACACGAUCUAUGCUGUGUCUAUCACCAUACGUAUUGUGCUAGGAUUUUUGUUGCUGACUGUCUUCUGGAAGUUCGAUUUUCCACCUUUCAUGGUUCUUGUCAUCGCCAUUCUUAAUGAUGGUACUAUCAUGACCAUAUCCAAAGACAGGGUAAAGCCUUCUCCCCUCCCUGAUUGUUGGAAGCUCAGUGAAAUUUUUGCAACAGGAAUUGUGCUUGGCGGUUACCUAGCUCUUAUGACAGUCGUUUUCUUUUGGGCGGCUUAUGAAACUAACUUCUUUCCGAAACAUUUCCACGUGAAGAGCUUCAACCGGCACCAUUUCAACAUGUCUGACGACAAAAUUUCGACUGAACUGAAAGAAAGAAUGGCAUCAGCAGUGUAUCUUCAAGUCAGCACCAUUAGCCAGGCCUUAAUUUUUGUGACACGCUCCAGGGGCUGGUCGUGUACUGAGAGACCUGGCUUUCUGCUUGUUAUUGCCUUCGUUAUUGCUCAAUUGAUUGCAAGUUUGAUAUCUGCCACUGCAACCUCCGAGUUUGCAGGGAUCAGAAAAAUUGGCUGGGGCUGGACAGGGGUCAUUUGGUUGUUCAAUAUCGCAACUUACUUGCUGCUUGACCCUAUCAAAUUUGCUGUUCGAUAUGCGCUCAGUGGAAGAGCCUGGGGUCUCAUUGUAGACAAAAGGACUGCAUUCACGAACAAAAAGGACUUUGGUAUGGAAGCUCGUGCGGCUGCAUGGGCAACUGAGCAGAGAACACUACAUGGCCUCCAGUCCUCCGAUACAAGAAAGUUUACUGAUAAAAUAAGCACUUUUGGGGAGCUCAAUCUCAUGGCAGAAGAAACUAAAAGGCGUGCAGAGAUUGCAAGGAUGAGGGAGCUUCACACUCUGAAAGGGAAGGUUGAAUCAUUUGCCAAGUUGAGGGGUCUGGACAUUGAUGCCAUGAACCAACACUACACUGUCUAA